AUGGUGGCUGUGUUGAACUCCUUCCUGGAGCAGGCAGUGCUAAGUGGCCAUGUGGUGCUGGCUCUACAAGAUGUAGGCCAAGCUGGAGCCCCAGCAGCAGGUAUGGUUCUCAGGGUCUUGUGCAACUGUCUUGACAGAGCCUGCAUCCGGUUUAUAAGGUGGCAGUUUAGGCAUCAGAUGCAGCUGCUGCUGCCCAAGCACCUGGGAGGGCGCCCCCUCUCAGCCACCAUCACCUCUACAGUCCCCUCUAGGUCUGUCAAAGUGGCCUACUUAGGUCACUUCACAAGCUUCACAGAGGUGGAGCUGUGGAGACCUCUGCAAGAUUUCCUGCAGAUCUUUGUUCAGGGUGAUGUAAUCGCAACAAUCAUUGUGGACCAGUUCAUACCUGCGGAGGAGACCACUGUCCGACUCAAUGUCACAGCCAGACUUCUGGUAGAUGAUGUGAGAGCCUGGCCAGGUCCUGGAAGUGAUAAGAAAUACUACUGCAAGACCACCGAGAUUCAGGUAAGCUUGAAACUGGGUGUGGUGACUGGAGACAGUGGGAGCAGCCCCCAGAGGCUGAGAGAGGCUUGUGCCCUGGAAGUAUGGGGGCCUGGAAGCCAAGGGCCUCUGGCCUACGACUACCGCUUCGUGAGCACCCCGGUGGGCGCCGAUGGGUCCUCUACCGAGCCCCGGGGACGCGCCAGCUCCCUGUGUGGUCCUGCACGACAGCGUACCGGUGGCCAGCGCAACAGCCUGGCUCCGGGAGGGCCCGCCUGCCUGUACGUGCGGCCGGCGCAGUCCCUGGAUGACUUGGCGCGCGGCGGCACCGCGCCCCCUGCCGGCCUCCUCGGCAGCGCGGGCCACUUCAAGGCCUCCAGAGUGGGGCCCCUAGCUCGUAGCGACUCGGAGAAUGUCUACGAGGCCAUCCCCGACUUGCGAUGCCCUUUGCAGGCGGAGAGCCCAAAGCAGGUGGACGACACCCCGGAACCAGUGUAUGCCAACGUAGAGAGGCAACCUUGGGCCACUUCGCCGCCGCGCUCUGCAUCAGCUCCUUCUCGGCUCAGCCCGGUGUGGGAGACGCACACGGACGCGGGCACUGGGCGCUCCUACUACUACAACCCUGACACGGGCGUGACCACCUGGGAGUCACCCUUUGAAACACCUGAAGGCGCCACCAGCCCGGCCACCUCCCGGGCCUCUGUGGGCAGCGGGGAAAGCCUGGAGACAGAGUGGGGCCAGUACUAGGAUGAAGAGAGGCGCAGGGUGUUCUUCUACAACCCCUUGAUCGGUGAGACAGCCUGGGAGGACGAAACCGAGGAGCUGCAGGAAGAUCCCCAGGAACAACUGGAGAUGCAACCCAGUCUGAGCCCGAGAAGCCCCGGGCAGCAGAGGCCCCCGACUCCUGAAAUAGACUACCCCGAAUUACCGGACAGUUACCCGGAAGAGGACUAUUCUCCUGUGGGCUCCUUCAGUGAUCCCGGCCCCACGUCUCCUUUGGUUGCACCCCCUGGCUGGUCCUGUCAAAUUACCCCGGACAAGAAGAUGGUCUACACCAACCAGUUCACUCAAGAGCAGUGGGUAAGGUUGGAGGACCAGACGGGGAAGCCAUAUUUCUACAACCCAGAGGACUCCUCUGCUCAGUGGGAGCUGCCCCAGGUCCCGAUCCCUGCUCCUCAAAGUGUCCAAAAAUCCAGCCAGAAUAGCGACACUCCAGCCCAGGCUAGCCCUCCAGAGGAGAAGAUCAAGACCCUGGACGAGGCAGUAGUACUCCAUUGGACCAAGACUGUAGACAAAGGGAAGAGACUUCGGAAGAAACACUGGAGCCCCUCCUGGACAGUGCUGGAGGGCGGGGUCCUGACCUUCAAGGAUUCAAAGACCUCAGCUGCAGGCAUCCUGAGGCAGCCUUCCAAACUUUCCACCCCUGAAUAUACGGUCAAACUGAAGGGGGCCUCUCUCUUUUGGGCCCCCAAAGACAAAUCCAGCAUGAAGAAUGUGCUAGAGCUGGGAAGCCGAGAUGGCUCAGAGUACCUGAUCCAGCAGGACUCAGAAGCCAUCAUCAGCACCUGGGACAAAGCCAUUGCCAAAGGCUGGUAGGAGGAGCUGUCUGCAGACCUGCUCCAAGCUGAGGAAGGUGAGCCCAGCAGUGCUGACUUUGGGUCCAGUGAGCGCCUCGGAAGCUCCUCUCCCAGAGAGGAGGAUGUGCGACCGAAUGCAGUCUCACUCUCGCUCAGCCCCGGAGGCCUGGAAAGCGACUUAAACAGGGUCCGCAACAAGCUCCGUACAUUCCUAAAGAGACGACCCACUCUGCAGUCUCUGCGGGACAAGGGCUACAUCAAAGACCAGGUGUUUGGAUGCGCGCUGGCUCAACUGUGUGAGCGCGAGAGGAGCCCUGUGCCACGCUUCGUGCAGCAAUGCAUCCGCACCGUCGAGGCCCGAGGGCUGGACAUUGACGGGCUGUACCGCAUCAGUGGGAACCUGGCCACCAUCCAGAAACUGCGCUAUAAGGUGGAUCACGAUGAACGCUUGGACCUGGACGAUGGGCGUUGGGAAGACGUCCACGUGAUCACAGGUGCCCUGAAGCUCUUCUUCCGAGAGCUGCCGGAACCCCUCUUCCCCUUCUCGCACUUGCACCAGUUCAUAGCAGCCAUCAAGCUGCAGGACCCAGCCCAGCGCAGCCGCGGUGUGCGUGACCUGGUGCGCACGCUGCCAGCUCCCAACCACGACACGCUCCGACUGCUCAUCCAGCAUCUGUGCCGGGUGAUCGAGCAUGGCGAGCAGAACCGUAUGUCUGUGCAGAAUGUGGCCAUAGUGUUCGGCCCCACGCUGCUGCGGCCUGAGACGCAGGAGGCCAGCAUGCCCAUGACCAUAGUGUUCCAGAACCAAGUGGUGGAGCUCAUCCUACAUCAGUGCGCAGACAUCUUCCCACCGCACUGACUGUGGACCCUGGUUUAGCUGGAGGCCGUGAGGCUGGACCUCCUCUGAGGCUCUCCGCUUCCCACCCCGCUGCACUGUGACUUCAACACCCCUCGAUUCAGAGGGUAUGGUGACCCCUGGUGGGCAGUUCGUGAAAUGUGAUAUCUCCGUCUCGCGUCCUCUUUAGGGGUUCUUUAGGGCCCUGUCCUCGAUUACAGUGCCACCUAGUGUGUGGAUGUGAGAAUAGGCCUGGGGGCGG